UAUAAGCGGAUACGGAAAACAAUACUGGUCUUUUGGCUUCGUAAGAUUACAGAACCACUUCAUGAUCAGUCGCUCCCUAAAAUCAAUGUAGUUGUCCUGAUUGAUUGUCAAUCUAAGGUGUUAAGUCUUCGAAGACAUGUAGUCUUCCGAAGUAACAGCUUGGCAAACUGUCUGCAGUCUACAUACAAAGUAGAUCUAAUUCUCCUAGGACGAACUAACUGUAUACAGCGCGCUUGCUGUCUCUUGACAUCCAAUUAUUUCGAGGUGAACCUUGAGUAG